AUGAACUUGAUAUCUGAAGGGGUUUUACGGCGGGUGAUCCCUCCGCUGCUUCCUGUCGCCCGCUUUCUCCCGUUCGUUCGCUCGUUCGAGAUCCCUAAUGGGAGCAAUUGGGUCUCGGUCUCUCCUCUCUUCUCCUCCAAUAUAUGGCCAACAUGGAAAGCAUAUAACAUCUUGCUUGUUGACUGCAUUAUCUUGAAUGGUGGAGAAAACACGGACUAUGUUCAAAUGUGUGAACCUGACCUAUGCUCCUAUGCAAUAAUGCUAUCUGCUUAUGAAAUUGCAGCUGAUAUGGCUGGAGCUCAAGAGGAUGCUUUUCAAAGGUGCUGAAGCCAACCAGACCAUCUUUUCUAUCAUCAUGGGUGCCCAUGUCAUGAACCCUGAUUUUAAGUGCUGUUAUCCAGUUUGCUUACAUCAGUGCCCAAUUGGGUUCCCACAUGAUCAGAAAGCAAGGAACAUCCUUCCAUCUUUGGCUAAAAAACCAGAGGAACAUGAUAAAGCAACUAAUGGAGA